AUGCUCUGAUAAAGCAGCUCUCUCCGUACACUUCCGUCAUCUCAAACUCUGGUGCAGAGGUCGUCUCUCCUGGCUACCCCGACAAGGCGCCAGCGAACGAAACGCAGUACACGCAGGUUGUCCGUGCUGAGAAGUGCCAGCGAGCGGUGCUGACGUUCCAAGACUUCCAUAUAGAGCCGCGCAGUGCCAUCAAUAAUCGCUGCGCCUUCAGCUACCUCGAGAUCCGCUCAGACGUUUCAGUGCCGGAGGGGAAAAUAUUUUGCGGUAAAGAAAUUGAGAAAGGAACAGCGUUCAAAAGUGACAAGUCAGAGCUCAUCCUGCAUUACAUGAACCAUGAAUACAUUAAGAAAAACGGAUACAGAGGCUACAAGGCUACUUUCACCACCGAGAACAUACCUGACUGCAGUUGAUUGGGUUUGAUCCACCGGCUGGAAUGUCAUGGGAACUGGAGACCACAAGGAACAUUAAGUAAAUAGAGUUGUGUUUUUGAAGCGUGUGAAAAAUUACUUGCAAGUUC